UUUAGGAUCCAACUGGGUAUAGUCUUACCUUGAGCAGGGGUCGGGCGAGAUGUGACACCCCCCCCCCCCCAGCUUCGUGCUCUGCCCCUUCCCAUUCCCGCCUGUUUGCUGCACGUGGCCUGGCUCCAAAUCUCCGUAUGAAAUACGGGGCGGUCCUGGGGUUUGAACCCGCACCGUCACGGCUCGUGGGGACGCGUUCGCGCGGCGUCUUUGCGGGGGAGAAAAAAGGAGGCUUCUCUGCUGUCGAGCUGGACUUGGCAUCAUGGCUUCAGAUUCAGGAGCUGCUCCCGGUGCUGGCAAUGCGGCUGGGAAUACAACGCUAGAGCGGUGCCUCGACGUGCUCAGAGAUGCAAAAAAUGACAGCGAGCAGUUUGCAGCGCUUCUCUUGGUGACCAAAGCAGUCAGAGCUGGAGAAGUGGACUGCAAAACUCGCCGUCGGAUCUUCGAUGCAGUCGGAUUCACAUUCCCAAAUCGGCUUCUUGCUUCCAGGGAACCCCCGGCUGGCUGUCCAGAGCAUGUCUUCAGAGCACUUGGCCUGACCCUGCUGACUUGUUUCUGCACUGAUCCUGAAUUAGCCAGGCACUCCCAGAUCCUUAACAAAAUCCCCACCUUCAACGAUAUCCUGGCUUCCCCAUGCAAUCCGGAUGACACAUACACAAGCUCCAUGAUUGAUGAUGUUUACCAGUGUCUGGGUGCAGUCCUGGCCACUGCCAGAGGCCCCAGAGAGUUGGUGUCCCGAGGAACUGUGUCAGCUCUGUGUCAGGUGUAUCUGAAGAAUUCUUACGGCCAUGACCAUGCCCUUCAGUUGCUUCAGGGACUUCUAGCCACAGCAGAAGCGAGAUGCUGGCAGAGAGCCACCCCUGACCUCAUGGCUGUGCUGGGCAAGCUCAGUGAAAUGUUCCACAGGGCUGAAGACAUGACCAAAUUCCAGAUGUGUGCGAUCCUUCCUCAUUUCAUGCCUCCACCACCACUGCUCACUCAGCACCCACAGGGCUCCAAAUGUCUCCACAACCUUUACAGAGGCCUAGCCAGCAUACUUAGCAGCAGGCUGAGCCAGCUGCAGCGUGACCCUGCACUGAAGCUGGCUGCCUGCCUCUCGCAGGCCUGUGGCUCAGAAUGGAUCCCAGCAGGGAACGCCGGGAGUAAGUUCCUGGCCUUGUUGGUGAACCUGGCUUGUGUGGAGGUUCGGCUGUGCCUGGAGGAGCCAGACCCUGCAACGGUGGAUGGGAAGGAGGAGGUGAUGACAGCCUGUUACAUCCUCAUAGAGAUGGGCAUCUUGGAAUGCAUGAGAGAAGAGAAACCUCUGCUCAAGGAGAAGCAGAAAGUGCAGCUCGUUGGAACCAUGGGGGAAGCAUUUGGGGCUGUCAUAUACUACCUGCGACAGGUGGGAUGGGAGAAGUUGGGGGAGCCUUUCAUAUUUGCCUCCGUUCGAAUCCUUGGGGCCUGGAUGGCUGAAGAGACGUCCUCCCUCAAGCAGGAAAUCUGCGACCUCCUGCCUUUCCUUGUUCAUUAUGCCAAGACGCUUUUCAGAAAGGAGGACAAAGCCAUGUGCUUUCCUCAACAAACAGCAGUGCCAGGUGUGCCAGGCAGCCCUAAGGAUUCUGCAUUGCCCACAGAUGCUCUGAGAUUUCUGCUCCCUGCCUUGUGCCACUUGACAGCAGAGGAUCGACCCCGGGAAAUCCUCAUCUCAGAGGGGGUGCCAGCCUUGCUGCGCGAGUAUUUCCUGCGCCAGUGGCAGGUGCUCACCUCCGAGCCCCAGCCUUUGGCUCCACCGGACAGCGUAGAAGUCAGCUUGCAAACCACUUGCGGGGUGUUCCUGAACCUUGUGGUAACCACUCCAGACCUGAUCAGGCAAGAUGGAUGCUUUUCCUCCUUGAUGGAUACACUAAUGAAGUCCCUCCCAUUUCUGCUGCCCCGGCAAGGUCACCUCGUACUAGCAGCCAAUGUUGCCACACUAGGCUUGAUGAUGGCCAGGAUAUUAGCCAGCAUUCCAGUUCUCCAGGAGACACCAUCAGCCCAGGCUUUCUUUGAAGCUGCCAUCCACUUCCUGUCACAGGCCCAUGCUGCCCGAGAGGAUCCCACCAGCAAGAGUUUGGCCAUGGCUGUGGUGCCAGACUAUGAGGCCGCUUGGGCUGACAUCCGUGAGCUGUGGUUCCUGGGGAUGCAGGCGUUUGCCAGCUGCAUGACGCUCUUCCCAUGGCUGCCCUACAUGGUCCUCCAGUCAUCUUGGCCGCAGGACCUCUUGGCGUUACUGGGCCAAGUGGCCCCGGACUCAGUGGACUUUGAACUCAUUGCUGUUUUCCAGGGCAUUUUGCUAGAGCUGGCAAGAGCCAGCCAGCAGGGCAAAGAGGUGAUCAUGUCUCAGCGGGGCAAGGAGUGGGCCAACCUGUAUGGCAUGGCAGCUUUAGAACAGUGUCUUUGUGAGCUGUGAAGAGCCCCUCCUCCCCCAACAAUGUCCCGGGGGUGGAAAUGAAGCCAGGUGUCUGCGACAGACGUUUUCAUGACUCCGCACGCACCUUUCAACCUUUUACUGCCUGGAUAAGGACAAGAGGCAUUUAAGCUGCCAAACACCUCAUAAAAUUAAAGAGGUGCAGUCAGAGCUCAGCAGGGCCCAGCAAGGCAGGGUUUUGCUCUGCCUGGUACCUGCUGUUUGGAAUAAUUGCUGCUUCAGUGCCACGUGGCUCACUGCAUUCCCUGUUCUGGGAGAGGAGGGUGCUUCUUGCAGGGAGGAGCUGGGGUCCCAGCAGAAGGGAGCACUGGGGGGUGGUGCACAUUGUGCUGCCUGAGAUUGCUGAGGCUCUGGCAUAGCUAUGAACUGGGCCACCAACCAGUUCUUCCCAGUUUUGUGUUCUGGGAUAAUAUCCAAAUCCAUGUGUUUCUAAGCAUAAUAAAAUCAAAACACCUGGCUUCGCCUAAGCCAGAACUAGGCUCUAAGCCAGAUUUCUCAGUAGAGCUCUGCUGCCCAUGUCUUUUAUGACCUCUAAUCACCCUGUCCUGGGCUACAGCAGAGCUGUACCUGUGCACCUCUGUUCUGCCUGAAUGGCCUCUCCUCACAGUACUUGCAAUGCCCUGCUAUUGUGGGCUCUCCACGAAGCUCCGUCCCUACGCCUCAGCCUGAAUUGCGGUCCCCACUAGCUUUGUGAUCAGGUGCCAGUCUUGUUCUGUGGCACCUUCCAGUAUUUGAAGUCAGAGUGCCCUGGGGUCUCAGCUGGGUCAGGACCACACAUGUCAUAUUCCCAUGACCGUGUGGACAGAAGUCCCCUAGAGCUAAACCCAAACCUGCUGAAACUUCCCUUGUGACUUGUUUUGAUCCACACUUGGGUCUGGAGCCAAAGUGUCGUGAUUGUGUGGUCCUGGAUCAAGCAGCAGCAGUUGUGCAUGGCAUGGCCCAGCCCUCAUUUGAGGAAGCUCAAGGCUGCAGUUCAUUUUGGUAUGUUAUUGUUGGCAGGUCUUGUUUCACGGCUGUAAGAAUAGAAGUUCAUCUCUCUGUUAAAGCAGAUGCUGCUCCGGAGAGAGUUCCCAAAAUAUAUAUAGCUGGAACCUUGGGAUUCAAACUGUCCGGGAUGUUGGCUUAAUAUUUGCUCACCUCGGCUGAGAGAUUUGUACUUUCCCCUCAGGGACAGCGGUGCUGCUCCUGUGGGAGACCUGUAAAUAGCAUAUGCCUGAGUGCGGGAUGGCCCUGACGGUUCCCCAAGGGCCGUGCAGACAAAUGGGGAUGGCCGGGCUGUCGACAUUUCCCAUUUGAAAUAAAGUGUUUUCAUAAAAGCUCAA